AUGCCUCGCCGACGAACUGUCAGUGAAAGGUCGCCGUUGUCUAUCAUAACGAGUGUUGACGACGUAAGCGAUGGUGAAGACUACGACUCUGAGACUCAAGCGAUCCUUGAAGAGUUCCUCGAAGGACUGACUGAAGAUUACACCGAAGAACUCAUUGUGGGUAUUGAUGGGAGAAGCACUGAAGGAGCAGCUGUUCAGGACAACAUAACCGGCAUCACCGAACUGGGCGUCAACGACUCCACCCCCUCCGAGGCCAACAGCGAAACUACUCUCGUAGACCCCCUACCUAGCAUAUCAUCGCACCCCCCAUUGGGUUACCGCUCCGCCUCAUCCCCCUCUAAACCAGACCUCCCACCCAUCCCCGGCAACCUCGCUCUCACCAUCGGCGCCGCUCACACUCUCCAACAAAUCUACUCCCUUCCCAAAGCGCUCCUCUGCCACCACUCUUCCUACUUCGCAACCUUCAUCUCCACCUCACCCAAAACGAGCGCAAUCGCCCUCCCCCAAUUCACCCCCCGCAACUUCUCAAACUACGUCCACUACAUGCGCUCAAACAUCUACAGCCCCGCCGCCCACACACCCAGAUACCGCGCUCUAGGCACACACGUAGAAGCUUGUCUCCUAGGCGCCCAUUUAGGAGUACCGGCGUACUGCGAAGCCGCCAUCCGCGCUCUCCAUGACACGCUUGCGAAAUCUGUACGCCCGGGGGCGGGUAGAAAUGCGCGUGUCUCGCGCAUUACACCACAGGAUAUGGAAUAUGUGUGUGAUCAGGCGGAUGUGCGACGGCUGCCGGACAGUGUGCGGAAUACGGACGAGUAUGUUAGGGGACUGAGGCGGCUUUUGUUGGAUGCCGUGGCUGCGCAGUGUGGGCAAGGGAUGGUUUUGAGCCUGGAGGAGGGGCUGGAGGGGGAGGAUGGGGGUAUGGAUGAGGAAGAAUAUGAGGACGAGGGGGAUGAGGAGACUGAUUGGCUAGAUUUGUAUUGUACAGUACUAGAUUUUCGGAAGACGUUAAAGGAAACGGUUAUAGUUGGGGAUGUGAUGAGGUGGCGGAUUUUGAAGGAUGUGGAUUAUUAUUUGGGGAGAGGCAGGGAGGGAUUUGGUGAGUCUAGGGAUUAUUCGGUAUCUGAGAAUAGGUAUGGUCAUGAUGAGGCAUGGGAUGGGAGUGCAAUGGGGGAGGUAGAUGGAGAUGAGGAAGAGCUAAUGAAUGAACUAGCAGUGAUAAGGACAGCAACUCGAGCACCGAUUAUUCCGAUUAAACCUGGAGCUUUUUUGGGCAGUGGAAGAUGGAAGAGGAUUAUAGAUUCACCAGUCAUUUCCCCAGCUGAUGACACGGAUGUUGAGGCAGUCACAGAUGAAGAUGAUGAGAUUGAAAAUCUGGAGCGAGAUAUCCAGAGUUGGGAAAUGCACAUCAGCAGAGGAAAUCCUUUCAUGUAA